AUGGCCACACAUUACAUUGAAAAUGCAAGUAGUGGCAAUCAAUAUUACUUUAAUACUAAUAAUGCUACUACUUCUUCACAACCAUAUCAAACUUAUAGUUCGCCUGUAAGAUCAUCAUACAAUUCAUCUACUUAUUCGGCAUAUCCCAUUAGUAUCUCGGGUGCAUCAAACCAGCAAAUUCAUUUAACUGAUUCACAUCAAGUACCACAAAAUUAUCUAUCUGUUGGUGGCUUCAAUAAAGGUGUAACUCAACACCACUAUCACACAGCUCAGUCGGCAACACCUCAAACUCGAACUACGGCACGAGCAAUCUCUAAUCAAGAUAGAUAUCAUUUACAAGGUUCGCCACAAGUAAUACAAGUUUCACCUCAACAGAAUCAUUUUCAAUAUGAUACUCAACAAAGAGCAGGACAUCCAACAGGCCCUCCAGUGGUCUAUCAAACACCGGGUGCUGCUCAAUUUACACAUCAUAACGUGGAUCUAUGGACUGAAAAUUCAUCUCAAACUCAUGAUCAACAUGUACAGGCACAACGAGUGUCAGUUCGGUCUGUAUCAACUGGUUCUCCUCAACAGUCUCAUUCGAUUUCUCCUCAGCGACAUCCAGAUCAUUUACAGCAAUAUUAUAGUCAAUUGACACCGGAACAACAUCAACAAUUGUUACGUCAGCAACAAAUGCAAAGGCAGCAAGAUCAAACUUCUCGUCAUGGGCAGCAACAUCGAGUUAUUGCUCAACAAGUAUCUCCAUCAUCUACUCAUCAUCAUCAACAACAACACUAUAGUCCAACAGCUAAUUUCGAUGGAGGACAACAAAGACGAGUUCGAUCAGAAUCAGAAAAACAAAUUCAAGAUGAGCAAGAUUACUACGCAGCUCAACAACGGUUGGCUGCACAAAGAACCCAACAACAACAACAACAACAACAACAGCAAGAUCCUUCUCAUCCUGUUGGAAUUCGAAAUCUUGUGCAUAAAUUUGCUGAACCAACAUCAGGUCAAACAGUUCAUUCACGAUCAAAAUCAGCAGCAACAACAACAACAACAACAACAUCUCGUCAACAUUCAAGUUCAAGUCAUACAACAAAUAGUGGUCCACGUCAAACAACAUCAAAUCGUGCAUUAACAUCACAUUCAAUGACAUAUUCAUCAUUACCAAAACCGGUUGAACCACCUGUGAAUAGCAUUGAAUAUUAUCAAAUGCAAAUGCAACAACAAGGUGGAAAUCCAUUUACAAAUAUUCAACAAGCAGCUGCUCCGUCACAUAUUCAACAUAGUCCGACUGGUUUUGGUACACUACGUGAUCGAUUUAAAACAGGAUCGCUUUCAGAAGAGUUAAAUCAAGCACCGGCUAUACGUCGACAAGAACAGCAUCCCGCACAACAACAAAAAACGAAUGCUAGCGGUGGAAAUAGUUUAUCAUCAUUACGUAACCACUAUAUGAAUCAAGCAAAUCAAGCAACAUAUGAUGAAUUACAUGCGCAACAUGUUCAAAAUAUUUCAAGAACGAUUCUCGGUGAAGAGAUACCUCAAACAAAACCUCAACAACAACCAUCCACAUCGGAAACUUCUCAAGAACAGCCAGCACCUAUAACCAAAGUACUUCAACAACAACCUGCACCUACAACACAAGCUCCAAAACAAGAACCCGUGCCAGUAGCGCAAGCUCCGAAACAAGAACCUGCAUCACCACCAGCAGAAACUCCAAAGCAAGAAUCUGCACCAGUAGCACAAGCCCCAAAACAGGAACCUGCACCAGCAGCAAAAACUCCUAAAAAAGAAUCCACACCAACAGCAGAAACUCCUAAACAAGAGAACGCACCAGUAGCAGAAACUCUUAAAAAGGAGGCCGGAUCAACAACACCAACUGUUAAAAAGGAACCUGCAGCACAAGCUACUAAGAAAGAACCUGCAUCUGCAGCACAAACUACAAAAAAAGAGGCCGCAUCUACAACACAAGCUGCUAAAAAAGAGGCCACACCUGCGGCGGACGCUUCCAAACAGAAAUCAACAUCGGCUACAGAAACUUCUAAAAAAGAACAACCACAAACAAAAAAUGAAAGCGCUGAUCAGAAAGUAACAUCAUCUGAAGUAACGCCUUCUCCUACUGUUGAUGGCGAAAAGAUUUAG